AGAGGAGCAGCAGUGAGCAUGUUGGCUCUUGGCUGCAGCUCCAGUGUGGUGAUGUGCCGGCUGGAAGAAACUGGACUACGCGUAGACUGAGCGGUGAGACACGGAACCUGCCGUCAAACCGUCUGCAGCAGACUUUCUCUCAUUUUGAAGCAUUUUUUUUGUCGUCAUUUGGAUUUAUUUCUUCAACCCGCUGCCGUUCGGCGACACAGAGGACUAUAAGGAAGGAGGAUAAGCCGUGAAAACGCUUUUUUUGUUAAGACGCAGCAGCUGCCGUGCGUAACGGACAAAAUCCAGUCGAGCAGCUAUUUGAAUGACAAUAGUUGGAGGCUUUCUUAUUUGUUUAUGGAAGCCUAAUUAUUGUGACUGACUGACUGGCAUGGUGAGUCACUGAAAUGACAUUUGGGAUUUGAAGGCGGUUUCAAGUGAAUUUGAAGUGAUCUUCAUCUGUAAAUAUUGACAGGUGUUACAGUCUUACAGACUGUCAGGCUGAGGAUUUAAUACACUUAGGCUCUGUUGUUAUGUCUGAAAACCUCGCGGGCGCGUAAGGUCGGGGAUGGUCACCAAAGCUAUGGAUAAUCCAGAAAUUGUUUAAUGCAUGCGUCUUUACUUUCCUAACACUCGGAGAAAGCACACAUUGUUAUUAACAUUAUAAUGCGUUUCAAACGCCGAAUGGGAAAGUAACAAUCACUUGAGUGUCUUCUUCAGUCCGAGUUGUAGCCGAUCUGGCAACAGCCAAAAUGACAAGCAACGGACCUGUCAUCGUGUACGAGUGGCUGAAGACCCUCCAGCUCGCGCAGUACGUCGAGGCUUUUGUGGAUAAUGGAUAUGACGAUCUGGAGGUUUGCAAACAAAUCGGAGACCCCGACCUGGAUGCCAUCGGCGUCUACAUCCCACACCACAGGCAGAGGAUCCACGACGCGGUGAGGAGGCUUAAAGAUGAAGCCAACGAGACGGCCAGUGGACUCUACUUCACCCUGGAGCCGAUGCCACCCGCGGCCGAGAUUUAUACCAGUCACAUGGUGGACCAGUAUGAGUCCAAACUGCGGGGGUCAAAGUCCUGGACCGAGCCCAACAGUGACCGGGUUGGGCGCAAUGGUGGGUACAUGGGCGCGCAGAGAAACCUGACGCUGGGCAACAGGAGGGAGCUGGUGAUUUACCCCAAGCUGAAGCUGAAGAUCAUGAUCAGGGAUAAGCUCAUCAGAGAUGGCAUCAACCUCUCCAAGCCGCCCUACUCUAAUAAGGAUGGUUCUCUGGGCAACAUAGAUGACCUUGCCCAAGAGUACUCUGAGUACUACAACACCUGUUUCAGUGACGUCAAUGACCGCAUGGAGGAGCUACGCAAAAGACGAGUCUCCCAAGAACUUGAUAUGGAGAAACAAGAUCAAAGCAGCACAUCCCUGCAGCUCCGUACUGAGAUCCAGGAAUCAUUAGGCUUCAGCAGUGAGGUGUCCACUCCAGAGACUGACAGAAAAAUGCCCCUGCACAAAUCCAGCUCUGAAGAUGGAUCUGGAGGUAAAUGGGACAAUAAGAAGAAGAACAAAUCUUUUUGGCAGAACUUCCGCAAGUCUCAGCACAAACCAGUCAUGCGACAGACAUCUAAAGGAGAAGACAUAGGCUAUGUGGCCAGUGAGAUCACCAUGAGCGAUGAGGAGCGAAUUCAACUAAUGAUGAUGGUGAAAGAGAAGAUGAUCACUGUUGAAGAAGCUCUAGCUCGGCUGAAGGAGUAUGAGCGCAGCAGACAGUCCAGCAGUACUGAAACUGCAGAGUGGACUGACGGAUCUGCAUCCAAUCUAAACCAGUCCUCGAACUGCAACUCUCGCGAACAGUCAGACGAUGAGCAAUCAGAGGACUCUGUGAAGUUCAAGCGGCUUCACAAGCUGGUCAACUCUACACGCCGGGUCAGGAAAAAACUUAUUAAGGUGGAGGAGGGCAAGAAACAUGGCUCUGAAGAUUUUCUGAAUCUGGGGGCUCCCACCUGUGAGGACAACACAGCUCUGUACACAGGGGUCCUAAAGAGGCCUCCUUUGCCCCAGGAGAUCUCCCUGCCCUCCCUCACCCAGGAUCAACUCUCUCUGGAUGGAGACACAGACAGUCUGACCAACUCCCCGUCCUCCAGCAGCCUGGACACCUGGUCCGGACACAAGCUGGUCAAAACCUUCAGCAAAUCUUCCAGUACCCACGGCCUCAUCCGACCCCCCAGGAGAACCCCGGUCAGCUCCGGGGGCCUGGGAGGCUCCGUCUCCGGCGUAGGAGGUAGCGGCUCUUCCUUCUCAGAGCUGGAUGGCUGUGGAUUGGACGACGAAGGAAAGCUGUCGCGCUCCACGACUGACGGCGAGAUGCGGAAGGCCUUGGGCUCCAUCUCUCAUGGGGUAAGUAACAACGAGGCUCUCUACGCCUACUAUGGCCUCACCAAACCCCGUCCUAAACCCCAUACCCAGUCCCGCCUCCUGAUCUCCCUGGAUGACAGUCCACAAGGCAGCCCCAAACACCACACUGCCAACCGGCACCACGGCAGCUGGACGCACCGGAAACCUGAUCCCAACUAUGCUUACUCCACCAAGCACCUACUGUACCAACGCUCACGCAACGCCAAGACCCCUAUCUCCCCUCUGUCUGUCACCCCCUCCUCCCCCGCCCGCUGUGAUGUAGCCAAAUCAAAAGUGUUUGGAGGUGGAGGAGGGGGCUGGGUGUUCCCCUCUCGCAGGCUGCGUGGUCGAACGGCAGUCAGUGAGCUGAACAUCACCUAUGUGGUAGAACGGAGCCUGUACGGUCACCUCAACUGGGCCCAGCUGGUCCGCCCGGUUACCCUCAGCCGCGCUGAGCGCCGCUGUCUAUUGGAGGAGGACCGCGAGGUGGACAGGAAGUGGGCGGCCAGUGUGGACCGCUGCACCAAGCGUGUGCUCUUGCGCAUCCAGCAGAAGUCUAGAACGUGCAGCUUUGGGGGCUUCGACCUGUCCAACCGCUCGCUCCAUGUGGUCAACGCGGGAUCGGAAGCCAACAAUAAAGAACAGGAGGCCAUAUACAGAGAGGUGGUCAAAUCCCCCACCACAUCUCGGAUCUCACUGGGCAAGAAGGUCAAGUCGGUCAAGGAGACGAUGAGGAAACGCAUGUCGAAGAAGUACAGCAGCUCCUUGUCUGAGCAGUCCAGUCCGGAUGGAGCCCCUGGCUCCCCUCAGUCCCCUCAGCCCGACACCGACUCUCUGGAGAAGCCCAAGCUUAAAGCUGGAGGCUCUGUGGAAAGUCUGCGCAGUUCACUCAGCGGACAGAGUUCAAUGAGUGGUCAGACAGUGAGCACCACUGACUCGUCAGCCAGUAACAGAGAAAGUGUGAAGUCAGAGGAUGGUGAUGAUGAAGAGCCGCCUUACAGAGGACCGUUCUGUGGCCGCGCCCGAGUCCAUACAGACUUCACCCCUAGCCCCUACGACUCUGACUCCCUCAAGCUAAAGCGUGGUGAUGUGAUUGACAUAAUCAGUAAGCCGCCCAUGGGAACGUGGAUGGGCCUGCUGAACAACAAAGUGGGAACCUUCAAGUUCAUCUAUGUGGACGUGCUGAGUGAAGAGGAGGAGAAGCCCAAGAGGCCUGUGAGGAGGAGGAGGAAGGGCCGGCCACCCAAGCCCACAUCAGUGGAGGACCUGCUGGAGAGAAUCAACCUCAAGGAGCACAUGCCCACUUUCCUGUUCAACGGCUACGAGGACCUGGACACGUUUAAAUUGCUGGAAGAGGAGGACCUGGAUGAGCUGAAUAUCAGAGAUCCUCAGCACAGAGCCGUGCUGCUCACAGCUGUAGAGUUGCUACAGGAGUACGACAGCAGCAGUGAUCCAGAGCGCAGCGGCCUGUCGGGCUCCCAGGAGAAGCUGCUGUCUGAGGGUCAGGGCCUGGUGGGAGACUCCCCUCGGGACUCCGGGUGCUACGAGAGCAAUGAGAACCUAGAGAAUGGUAAGAGCAGAAAGGCUUCUCGUUCAAGUCGUUCUUCAGCAGGUCUCCAGUCUCCAGACUACCCCACGCUGCCCAUGACCCUUUCAACUGAGGCUCUGCAGCAGAACAACAAGAACCAGCGCACAAAGUUCCCAAAAAGCUUCUUCAUCAAACCCUCCCUAAAGGGCUUCAACCUGCUGGGGCUGCGCAAAGCCCAAAGACGUUCCCCGAUCCCAGCCAGCCGCAGCUGCGAGGACCUGGACGGACCGCCGCAGCCCACUGGACCCUGGAAACGCUCCCACUCUCUGGGAGAUCUGCACUGGGAGCAGAACUUUGAGCAGAAGGAUCUGGGUGUGGAUCUUAAACUCGCCAAGGAAGGACCCAAAUCAGCCAACAGUAGCCCCGCCAAGGUCUGCAGAGAGGAGGGCUCCCCAGCUCAGAACGGGACUCCACCAGUGAGCCCAAGAGGAAGGGCCAGCAGACCACCUGUGCCCUCCCAGCUGCCUCUCCGCCCCCCUUGCCCCACGACCCAGUGCCCCAACCCUCCACAGCUCCUGUCCAGUCCUACUCCGAGUCCCCCUGAUUCCAGCGGGGAGAGGAUCAUCCGGACUCACCCCAAAAAGCCUCCAGUUCCUCCUCCCGUUCCUGCCAAGAAGUCUAGGGAGAGACUAGCCAACGGCCUCCGUCACCCCCCUCUCUCCCUGCCCUCCUCGCCAUCCCCCACUCCCUCCCCUACCCACUCCCUCACCCGUUCUCACCCCAGUAGCCCUGUAAUCCGCAGCAGCUGCAGCAGCCCCAGCUACGGUGCCCCGGCUCUGCCUGCCAAGACCCCGAGCACCCCCGCCAGCCCCUGUGCCACCUCAUCCGCCUCAUCCAUGGGCGAGGACUCAGGCACUCCACCAGCAGUGCAGCCUCCGUGGUUGUCGGAUCUGGGGGGCAAAGUGGCCGUCGCAAGAAAGGCUUCCCAUGCUAAGAUGAGUCCAGACCUGCUCACCCUCCUGGAACAACGGCUGGAGGCUGAGGGCAUCGAUCUCACUGAGGAGCCCUACUCUGACAAGCAUGGCCGCUGUGGAAUCCCCCAGCCGCUGGUGCAGCGUUACUCUGAGGACUUGGAGCAGCCGGUCAAGGACGUGGCCUCCAACAUGGACCAGCUCCGAGUCAAAGAGCUGCGUAAACAACACCGCAUGGCUAUUCCUUCUGGAGGUUUGACAGAGAUGUGCCGGAAGCCUCUGCCCUCAGGUAACAUCAGCACAGUCUCUGAUUGGCUCACCUCCAUCGGCCUGCCCAUGUACGCCACGUCUCUGGUGGCAGCGGGAGUUGACACGCUGAGUCGCGUGGCCUCGUUAACGGAGAGCGGCGUGUGGGAGGCGGGGGUGCGGGAUGAAAGACACAUUCGCCGGCUGGUCAGCGAGGCACGACUGGUUGGCUCGCACAGAGAGGUGCAGUCCUAACCGCGUUGGCGGAGUCGUAUAAAAUAACAGGUAUCAACUCACUGGUCAGCACCAUCUCAUUUAAACACAGUCAGUAGGAGGCCAGAGACAAAUUGGCCACAGGACUUGACGAUCACACGAGUGACCACAGCACUACAGUACUUCCUGUCUCGCAUGUGUCAAAAAACUUCAAGUGAGCCACGCUGCUCUCUGAUUUUCUCUCUUUAUCGCUCUUUUCACAAAUGUUUACGGCACUGAGGAGUUUCUCCGAUCAGCCAAGACAAGAUAUCAGAUGCCUUUUUUUAAAAAAGACUGUAGACUCACUCUGUGGGAUGGCUUCCGUUCUGAAGACGCCCCCAAAGUCUUAAAAUAAAGACUUGGAUCUGCCUUGAAGGAAGAUAGCACACUCUUUUGUAGGAUGGAUGUUUUUUUUUAAAGACAGAAAGGACGGUUUACUUCCUGCGUAUUUCAUAAGUGCUUCAUUUUAAUCUCUUGUGGCAAGGCGAUAUUAUCUGAGGGUCUUUUAAAGGAAGUAGCUCGGCCAAAGUGAUUCACUCCUCAUGCAGCGUUUCAUUCCCACUAAUGAAUAUCUGGACUUUUAAUCAACUAAAUACACGCACCAAACUAUAAAUAACUGGUUUUUGAGAUGGCUUAUUUUGUAUCAUGUUUCUGUAUUAUAGCAUAUCUUCAUUUUAAAAUGAUUUAUAUGUUAAAAAUUUGUGUUUGCCUUUUGAAUGUUGCAGCCUUAUGUGGAGGCCCGCUCAGUCAUUUCUAAGCUGAAACAGCUGACAUCACCUUUAUAUUUCAUAUUAUACUGUAUUUCACUGCAUAUCUUGGAUGCACCCCUCUCGCGGUAUGAAUAUAAGUCUUACAGAAAGCUGUCUUACUCCAGUAAUCGCAAUCAGCUUUCACAGCAACAAUACAUUCCCAGUGUAUCCAAGCACAUUUUAAGUUGCCUUACCAUUACGAAUGAAAAGCUUCUUCAAAUAGAGCACACGUAUAGUAUUAACUAUACCAUGACUGAGUUGUGCUAAAUGUUCCGAAUGUGUCUGAGAAAUAAUUGAGGUUUUCUAAACACACACACACUCGACCAGAUCAUUUCAGCGAUGCACAUGGACCACAAAGCAUGCCUCUGAUGGAUCGUGGUUUUCUAUAUUCUGAUGGUGAUUAAAAAAAAAAAAAAACCACAGGCACGACACAGACGUUGUCCCGUUUAACAUCCGUGUUUAACACAUUCACUGAAUAUGUUCCCUGCAGAGGCUUGUGGGACAACAGAGGGAGGAGAAAAAAGAAAUGUUCCAAAGACACAGCUGACAUCUGGGCUGUCAUAUCUGGAAUUUAUUGGACUGUCGACACUUUGGUUACAGUUGGUUUGAGGAAUUUGAUUUACAGCUGGAUAAUAAGCAGUUUGGGACAUUUUUAAAAGCAUCAUACUGUAGCUUUAAUCAAUGCUGGUCUUAAAUUCUUAAUUGGACUUUUCUCAAACACACCGAGAUGUACUGAAUCAGGUGAAAAGCCGACCUCCAAGAUCAGAAUACACUACGACACUAAAUAGUAAAUCAGGGAAACACUGCGUCCGGUCUUACAGAAACUUUGGAAUAGAAAAGAAAACAACUAGAAACUCAUUUGCGCACUCUGCAUGAAAAGGAGCUAACAUUUGUGUUUUUUUCCUCUUAUUUCUAACCGCAGCGCUCUGUCUUUAAUAGCAAGAGCUGCUCUUAUUCCAUGGAGUACAUAUUUAAAAGAUUUGACCAAGUGUUAUUGCUAACAUUAGACAAUAUUUUCUUUGCAGUGGGCACUUGAUAGGUAGAUGUUUGAUGCCUUUUUUUCUCUUCAAUCAAAGUGGUGCUCUGAGAAAGCGAGGGACGGUGGGGGUCAUUAUUAAAAAAAAAAAAAGUAAAAGACCCAAAAAGUGUUUUGUAAAGAAUGGAAAAUACUGACACUGUAAAUGCACUUUAGAGGGUAAAUCUAGCUGUUUUUAUAGGCGGAAUUGGCUACAUUUUGUUCACAGGUCCAUAAACGGACACUUGUUGUCAGGUAUUGUAAAGGGUUUCAGUGGGUUCUGCAGGUAUUUUAUUUUGAGUUCCCAAUGCCAAGUUUGAUAACCAUUCACGGGUUAACCUGUUCCAGUUACUCACUUCCAGUUUGUUUUUGCAGUCUUAUAAAGAAAAAAAAAUUCUUAAUUACAUAUAUGAAAUGCUUAGCAGAAGUUGCACAUUCUGUAUAUGUAAUUAAUAUUUAAAUAACUUAUUUUUGCUUUUUUUUUUCAUAUCAACUGUAAUUAGCUGUACUAUAUGAAUAGCAAUACCUUCCUGCAUAAUGCAUAUUGCUUUAGCCAGUGAGGAACUACAGUAUGUAUUGUAAAAUAUGUGUACAAAUUAUUUUAUUUGGUUUUCAUCUACCUAAUGAUUGUCCAUACAGAUUUGCUUGUGUAUUGAAACAACAAAAAGUAAUGUCCAUAACUAUUUGUCAUUCUGAAAUAUAAUAAAAACUGUUUCUUGCCAUA